UACCGACUUCAUUCCGGUCAUCGACUAUAAAAAGGCGAGCGGAGAAAAAGGGAGGAAAUUAAAAAUCAGUAAUAAUGGCGGUUUUCGUUGCUGAUUGAUUGACGUGAACCGAGGAGAGGAGAGAGAAACGGGACGCGAGGGCUUCGAUCUAAGUUCGGAGCAAAAUAUCUAGGGUUUGUUCGGAGAAAUGCUCGGUCCCCGUUCGAAGUAGGAGUCGAUUGAGCUCCUUGGUUGCUCGAGCGGUGGAGAUUUGCGGCGUCUAGGGUUCGGUUUGCUGUUUCUCUGAAGGAGGGGCUCGAUUAGGGUUUCGGGAGUUGUUUGCUUGUUUUUUUUUCUUCUUCUUGUUUUCAGAGGUUUGAAGCUUGGUUCUGGAGCUUCGCAGCGAGACCUUUGGAUUCUAGGGUUCGGAUCGAGGAUCUCUUGGAGUGGAAAACACUGGUACAAGGAUUUUGAGGGUCCUUAAGCCUCUGGCGUGAGAUCUGGCUGGUUCUGUUCGUCAGUUGAUGCUUUGGUUUCAGUGCUUGAGUUGUAUCGUCGAGCUCGAAUCUUCGGUCACUGGAGAUACUGAGCUUUUGAGCUAGUUGGACUUCGGAGAGGUUUCGUUUUCUGUGGAUUGUUGUGGUUCCUGCAGUUCAUUCGGUUCUUGGAGUCUGUACUUGAAGUUGGAGCCCCAGAAUUUAACGGACUCAAGGGAGGAAUUCGUGUAAUCUUCGAAGAAAGGAGGGCUAGGAUUUGCGAAGCGAAGCCUGGGAUUGAGGUACUAGAUUCUGGAGGUAAUAAUUUGAAAGAGAAUGAUUUUGUAAGGCACGAUUGCGGUUUCCUUUAAAGGCGGGGAGUAAACUUGCGGGUCUUUGGUAUAUGGACUGGCCCAUCUUGAGGAUUUUGCUCCUUUGUUGAACAAAGGGGAAACUUUGGUCCAAGUUUGGGGUUUCUGUUGCAUUUAAGCCCUCGUCAGAUUCUUUGAGGAUGAGGCUCUCGUCGUCGGGUGUCGCUAGUCGGCAAGAAGAGGGAGAAGAAAGGUGUCUGAAUUCUGUGCUAUGGCAUGCAUGUGCCGGGCCACUUGUGUCAUUACCUGCAGUCAGCAGUCGUGUUGUGUACUUUCCUCAGGGUCAUAGUGAGCAGGUAUCUGCAUCAACCAACAAGGAAAUUGAUGCACACAUCCCAAAUUACCCAAGUCUGCCUCCUCAGCUGAUUUGUCAGCUUCAUAACAUAACUAUGCAUGCAGAUGUCGAGACUGAUGAGGUUUAUGCCCAAAUGACAUUGCAACCACUUAGCCCGCAAGAGCAAAAGGACCCCUACCUCCCAGCUGAGUUGGGCACCCCUAGUAAACAGCCAACUAACUACUUUUGUAAGACAUUGACUGCAAGUGAUACGAGUACUCAUGGUGGGUUCUCCGUUCCUCGACGUGCUGCUGAAAAAGUGUUCCCUCCAUUGGACUUCUCUCAGACGCCUCCUGCACAAGAGUUGAUUGCAAGGGACCUUCAUGAUAAUGAAUGGAAAUUCCGCCACAUUUUUCGAGGUCAGCCAAAGAGGCACCUUCUUACAACAGGAUGGAGUGUUUUCAUCAGUGCAAAAAGACUUGUUGCCGGGGAUUCAGUUCUCUUCAUCUGGAAUGAAAAUAAUCAGUUGCUUCUGGGUAUCCGGCGUGCUAGUCGUCCACAAACUGUUAUGCCUUCAUCAGUUUUAUCCAGUGACAGCAUGCAUAUAGGCCUCCUUGCAGCUGCAGCUCAUGCUGCUGCUACAAACAGCCGCUUUACUAUAUUUUAUAACCCAAGGGCAAGUCCUUCAGAGUUUGUUAUACCACUAGCCAAGUAUGCAAAAGCAGUUUAUCACACUCGUGUUUCUGUUGGAAUGCGUUUCCGGAUGCUUUUUGAAACUGAAGAAUCAAGCGUUCGCCGUUACAUGGGAACAAUAGCAGGGAUAAGUGAUCUGGAUCCAGUUCGUUGGCCAAAUUCACAUUGGCGUUCUGUGAAGGUUGGUUGGGAUGAGUCGACUGCUGGGGAAAGACAGCCAAGGGUGUCACUUUGGGAUAUUGAGCCCCUGACAACGUUCCCAAUGUACCCAUCUCAUUUCCCUCUCAGACUAAAGCGCCCUUGGCCAUCAGGGCUACCCUCUCUGCAUGGUGGAAAGGAUGACGAACUGGGCUUGAAUUCUCCAUUUAUGUGGCUUCAGAAUGGUGAUCGAGCAAUGCAAGCAUUCAAUUUCCAAGGGCUUGGAAUGGCACCUUGGAUGCGGCACAGGUUUGAUGCUUCUAUGCUUGGUCUACAGCCUGACAUUUAUCAAGCAGUGGCUGCUACAGCUCUUCAGGAAAUAAGAACAGUGGAUUCUCCAAAACAGGCAUGUCCUGCAGUGCUGCAAUUCCAGCAACCACAAACAAUAACCAGCAGAUCAAAUCCUCUAUUAGCUAGUCAAAUUCUGCAGCAAAUGCAGCCUCACGCUCAGCAAGCCUUCCUUGAGUCUCUCCAGGAAAACCAGGGUCAAAACCCAUGCCAGUCUCAAUUCCUUCAGCAUCAAUUGCAGCGUUGCCAGUCAUUUAAUGAUGCUCAGCAGCAGCUGCAGGCAUCAUCAUUACAGCAGCAUCCUGAGCAUCAAGCAUUACAGCAGCAUCAUGAUCAGCAAGCAUUACAGCAGCAUCAUGAGCAGCAAGCAUUACAGCAGCAGCAGCGACUGCAACAUUUACAGCAGAACCAACAGCAGCAAUUACAACAACAGCAGCAACAGCAGCAACAGUUGCAGCAGCAGCAAUUACAGCAGCAGCAGCAGUUGCAACGACAGCAGAGUCGAUCACAACAGCAGCAGAGCACAUUACAGCAACAUGAGCAGCAGCACCAAUUACAGCAGCAGCACCAGCACCAGCAACAAAUGCAGCAGCAACGACCGUCUAACCAUCAGCAAAUUCCUGAUGUAGUUUCAGCCAUGUCUCAGCUAAGUUCAGCUUCUCAAUCCCGAUCUUCAACCUUGGCGAUAGCAUCUUCAUUUGCUCAGCAGAAUUUCCCGGACGCCACUAGUAACCUGGUAUCCAAACCUGUUGCUUCACCUCUGCAUAUUCCUUUGCGCUCGUAUUCAUCUGAGGAAACAUCAAAUAUUCUUAGUAUACCAAGAAGUAGCCCACUUAUCAACUCGGGUAUCCGGCCAUCUAAGCGAUUAGCUGUCGAGGCCAUGGUUCCUUCUGGGGCUCAUUCAAUUCAGCCCCAGGUUGAACAGUUAGGUCCUCUCCAACCAAAUAUUUGUACUAACUUGUUUGCAUUGCCACCAUUUCCUGGAAGGGAAAGCUCUCUAGACCAGGAAGGUAGCACUGAUCCCCAAAGCAAUCUGCUUUUUGGUGUCAACAUAGACUCCUCUAUCUUAAUGCAGAAUGGCUUGUCAAGCCUCAAGAGCAUAGGCAGUGAUACUGAUUCAACAACCAUGCCAUUUGCUACUGGAAAUUUUCUGGGCAUCGGAGGAACUGAUUUCCCAUUGAAUCAGGGGCUGCCAAGUUCAACUUGCGUAGAAGAAUUGGGGUUUUUGCAAUCUCCUGAGGAUGCAGGCCAAGUUAACCCACAAAGUGGAACCUUUGUAAAGGUUUACAAAUUGGGGUCUUUUGGUAGGUCACUAGAUAUUACCAAAUUCAACAAUUAUCCUGAGCUCCGCAGUGAGCUUGGGCGUCUGUUUGGCCUUGAAGACCAAUUGGAAGACCCUGUGAGAUCAGGCUGGCAGCUUGUAUUCGUCGACCGGGAGAAUGAUGUUCUUCUCCUUGGCGAUGAUCCCUGGCAUAUUUGUACCGUGUGCUGUUUAUCGAGAGUCUGGGUUCGUCUCGUACCUUGACCCCAACUCGUGAUCCUUUCAGAGAGUUUGUAAAUAGCGUCUGGUGCAUAAAGAUACUGUCGCCUCAAGAAGUGCAUCAGAUGGGAAAUGAAGGCGAUGAACUUCUGAACUCAGUCCCGAUGAAAAGGCUCUCGAGUGUCAGUUGCGACGACUACAUGAGCAGGCAGGACUCGAGAAACAUGACCAGUGGGAUCACAUCCGUAGGCUCUUUAGACUACUGAUGAAGACGAGAUGCCGAAGAGAUUCAGAAUCAUAUAAACUCUUGCCGCAUCCAGUAAGUUUUUAAACUAUGCAUAUCUGUAUUGUAUGUCUAUGUAUCUUUACACAGUGCCAAUAGUGGUAUUUGUUCCUAGCAGUAGAUUCAAGUAUUGACCUCUUUGCACGUCA